AUGAGAGUCGCCUCGAAUCUUUUAAUUGGUUUUGUCGCCCUCAUAUACGCUUCACCCAUAUCACCACGACAAGCCGUCACAGCAUUCAUAACCCCCCCCUUACCUCCUCCACCGGGAUGCACGGGCUCUUUUCCGUCUGUCUUCGGCAUCGCAGUCAUCAACAUAUCCCUGCCUUCUUCAUCGCCGAGGCCAUCGCAGACAUUGCAGAGGCGGCAACAGCCUCCUGCCGCGAUAUUCACGGUCGGCACGGUCGACCAAAUCGAUGACGGACAAGUACAAGGCGGGAUGCACACAGUGUCCAUCAGCAUAGAAACGGCUUCGACUCCGCCUUCACCUCCGGUGGCAAUCCUCCCACCAGUGACGCAGAUCGGUGAUGGGCAGAUCCAAGGGCCCAUGGCCACCAAUGUACAAGCUGGCUCGACAGCAACAGUCACAAUAUGUUCGAGCUCUCCUUUACCGUUCCCUCCCUUGUCAGCCGCAGCUGUUUUCAGCAAACCCCCUUCCGUGAUUGAGCAAGCUUGUGGGAUCUCGAGGAUAUUGACCUCGCCGACACCCGAUCCAACAACAGUCGCAAUAAAGCCAGGAUCUGCAUUUUCCAGUUAUUUCAAUACGGUUCUCUAUACCACUAUUCCAGUUAGCAACACCACACCUUCGCCAUCAGUAUCAGUAUCAGCACCAUCACCAUCUCGUUCCACAGCCACCACGGAUGAAAUCCCUACCAGACUGUCGCUCGUCUCCUGCCUCACAAACUCCACCCUGAGACUGCACCUCCAAGACAACAACCUCUACGACGGCCUCAAUCGCACAGGCUACAUCGCGUCAAACUAUCAAUUCCAGUUCGACGGUCCUCCCCAAUCAGGCGCCAUCUACACCUCCGGAUGGAGCGCCUGUGCGGUGUCGAGCGCUGCGGUCUCGACUUCACCACAACAAGGCGGAGACGAAGAGAGCGACAACGAAAACGACAGCAAUGGCAAUGGUGGUGAUGGCAACGAUGCUGCACCACUAGAAGGCGUAAUGACCUUAGCACUAGGCGCGUCGACCACAUUCUGGCAAUGUCUCAGCGGAGACUUUUACAAUCUCUACACGGAGAACUGGGCCGCGCAGUGCAGCCCUGUAGAACUGCGAAUCACACGACUGGUGGAGUGUGAGUGA